AUGUCAGGCUUUGAGAUUGUUGGAGUCGUGCUCGGUGCCAUCCCACUGAUCAUCUCAGCCAUCGAUUGCUACAAGACCACCAGUCAAAAGAUUAAAUUCAUGACCAAGAAAGAGCUCCUUUUAGAUCGAUUAAUUCAAUCUCUGGAAGAGCAGAAGUUUCUCCUGGAUAACGAAAUUCGCUUGGCCCUCCAGGGUACCCAUCUUGAUGAAGAGGAAAUCAUCGCAUUGAUUGCUCGGCAGGGCUUGAAUCCCUUCCAAGAUCCAGAGAUUGCAGAUUCUUUGAAGGAUCAUCUCGGAGAUGCCUUCCCGUUGUACAAAAAAGCCGUCUCUAGAUGUGAGGAUAAUCUCAAAGCAAUCAUCGCGAAUAUCAGUGGCCUUAGUUCGGCCUCUCAAGUAAGCAUAUCGAUCUCUCUUAUGAAGCCACUGGAGAGUAAUGGCGAAAUUUCACCAAUCCUCUACGCCCAGAAAAGAAAUAGUGAUAAAUUCGAAUUUACCAAGCGAAUCAAGUUCAGCAUCCGGAAAGAGGACUUACAGAAGCAAAUCGCGGAGCUUAACGAUUGCAAUGAAGCAUUAAGCCGACUUAGGAUCAGAAGUGCCGAAGUGAAAAGCUUCGCAGCCCAGCCCAUGUCAAGAACCAUUGCAAAAUUUGCCUCAGUACUUAAUGGCGUCCAAAACUACGCCCAGCGCUUGUAUUCUGCCAUAUCGUCAGGCUGCACGGAUGAAUGUCAUUUGGAACAUGAGACAAGGCUAUUUCUGCAGACAAGAUCAUCAGAAAUGAAUACGAAGCACCAAAAGCCCCAAAUAUUGAAGCAAACACCUCUCAGCUUUUCGAUUACAUUUUCCCCACGCCCAGUUUCUUCGCACCCGGAAUUUCUAGGCAACAAAUAUCAAGUGAGGGUACUAGAAGAGGAUUUGGACCAAUUCGAUGAAAGCGCAGAGAGACAGCGAGUGGUGCAGAUAAGUCUACCUAGUCCACCGAAGGGACCUAGUGCCUCGCCACGGCAGAUUAAAGACAUUUGCCAGUACAUACAACUCGCACACGAGAAUAAACAGCCAUUCGACCUCUACUUGUCACGAAGUGCUAAGCUCUGCUCUUGCAGUGGCUCGGUAGGCCCGGAUUUAGAAAUGGGUAUGGAUGAUAAGGGAUUUCAUGAUGUCCUCACACUCAGAGAUGUAUUGCUCUCAAUGCAGGAUACCAAGACUAUUACACCCCAAUGGACUAUGAACCAACGAAUGGCUCUUUCUUUCAACAUCGCGUCUUCUAUACUACAGCUUCAUUCUACACCCUGGUUGAAAUCGCCUCUUAUCAGCUCCUCUAUACGCUUCAUGCCGAACUCUUUGAACUUCAAAAAUGCCCCUCGGCCAUUUAUCCUGAGCGCCUUUCCUAUCCAGAACGAACCGGCAUCUCCAUGUACGGCAAAGACUUCCCUGCUCGAAUUAGGAAUCUUGCUCCUCGAGAUCUGGCACAUCAAAACCAUUGAUAGCUACGCAUGUGAGAAAAGUUUACAAGAUAGCAAUUGUUAUGGUCACCGCUACGAAGUAGCCAGACAUUGGCUCGAUAUUAGCGAUGAUAGUAUGCUUCCCUUUCAUCUGGAGUUGGUAACGAGAUGUAUUGAGUGUACAUUUGCCACUUCCUCUGCAACACCGGACUGGAGUGAUAUCACUUUUCGAAAAUCUGUCUGUGAAUAUGUGCUGAAACCGCUGUGGGAUAACUGCCCACAGAAAUUGUGGUAG